CCAGGAGAAGCAGGGCAGCCAGGCUCAGGCGGACUUGAGUCUCCACAGAAGGACGCCAAGCGGCAGGCGCUGUGGGAGAAGAGGCAUAAGGUGAAGAGGAGAGACGGAAACACGAUGGAGAAAUUCUCAGUCUGGAAGGAUAUACUGUGGUCAGGAGAUGAUGGUGGUUUCCACUACAACAUCACCCAGAGAAGCCCCAAGCUGAUAACAUACCUGAACCCGCAGCCACUCACAGAGUUCACCCCACUCACCAUGGUGCUGCAUGGUCCUGCCGGAGUCGGGAAAACCACGCUGGCCAAGGAGCUGAUGCUGGACUGGACGCAGGAUGACCUGGCAGAGACCUCCAACUCCGCCUUCUAUCUCAGCUGCAAGGGGCUCAAUCGCAGGGGGCCGUGCACCUUUGCAGAGCUGAUAUCUGCCAACUGGCCACAUGUGCAGGACGACAUGCUGGCAAUCCUCGCCGGGGCAGAGAAAGUCCUGUUCAUCCUCGACGGUUUUGAUGAGUUGAAGGUCCCCUCGGGGGCGCUCAUCCACGACCUAUGUGGUGACUGGAAGGAGCAGAAGCCGGUGCCCGUCCUCCUGGGAAGUUUACUGAAGAGAAAGAUGCUGCCCAAGGCCACCUUACUCAUCACCACCCGACCGGGCGCCCUGCGGGAGCUGCGGCUCUUAACAGAACAGCCGCUCUUCAUAGAGAUCGAGGGGUUCUUGGAGGAGGAGCGGAAGGCGUAUUUCCUGAAACACUUUGGAGAGGAGAGUCAGGCCCUGCGAGCUUUCGACCUGAUGAGGAACAACGCAGCCCUGUUCCAGCUGGGCUCGGCGCCCUCCGUGUGCUGGGUGGUCUGCAGCUGUCUGAGGCAGCAGAUGGAGAGCGGGGCUGACCCGGCCGCCACCUGCCGGACCACCACGGGCCUGUUCCUGCGCUUCCUCUGCGGCCGCUUCCCCCCGCCGCCCGGCGGCGGCCCCAGGCCGGGCCUGCAGGCUCCGCUCAAGCCCCUGUGCCUCCUGGCUGCUGAGGGCGUGUGGACGCGGAGCUCUGUGUUCGAUGGGGACGACCUCAGGCGACUUGGGGUGGCCCCGUCUGCCCUCUGUCCUUUCCUGGACAGGAAUAUUCUGCAGAAGAGCGAAGACGGCGAGGCCUGCUACUCUUUCAUCCAUCUCAGCGUCCAGCAGUUUCUGGCCGCCGUGUUCUACGUCUUGGAGCCGGAAGAGCAGGAGGCGGCCGGGCUGGGCGGCCGCCGGGGGCGCGUUGGGGAUGUGCGGAAACUGCUGUCCCAGGAGGAGAGGCUGAAGAACCCCAGCCUGACCCCCGUCGGGUACUUCCUGUUUGGCCUCUGCAACGAAAGAAGGGCCGUGGAGCUGGAGACGACUUUCGGCUGCCUGGUAUCAACGGCGAUCAAGCGGGAGCUACUGAGAUACACAUUGAUGCCCCAGGGGAAGAAAUCCUUCUCGGUGACGGACACGAAGGAGGUUCUGCGCUGUCUCUACGAGUCUCAGGAGGAGCAGCUCGUGAAAGAUGCCAUGGCCCACGUCAAGGAGAUGUCCAUUCACUUGACGAAUACAUCUGAAAUGAUGCAGUCUUCCUUCUGCCUUAAACAUUGUGCCAACUUACAGAAGAUCUCACUGCAGGUAGGAAAGAAGAUAUUCCUGGAGAAUGAUCCCGCAUUGAAAUCAGACCCUCAGAAUGAGAUGUCACAGCACGACCAUCAUUCUCUCCAGCUCUGGGCGGAUCUCUGCUCUGUGUUCAGCUCAAAUGAGAACCUGAACUUUCUGGAUGUGAAGGAAAGCUUCCUGAGUCACUCCUCGGUGAGGAUUCUUUGCGAGCAGAUAACCCACGUCACCUGUCAUCUCCAGAAAGUCGUUGCUUACCGGGACUUCUGUCUGGCUCUCGUUGGUAAGAAGACUGUGACACACCUGGCUCUGGAAGGCAGUUUCCAUGGUGAUAAGAUGCUGCUGCUGCUGCUGUGUGAGGUCCUGAAGCACCCGAGAUGCAACCUUCAGUGUCUGAGGCUGGGGUCUUGUUCUGACACCAUCCGGCAGUGGGCUGACUUCUCCUCGGCGCUCAAAGUCAACCAGUCCCUGAAAUGCCUGGAUCUCACGGCCAGUGAGUUCCUGGAUGAGGGUGUCAGAUUGCUGUGUUUGACUCUGAGACACCCAAAGUGCGUCCUGCAGAAAUUGUCGUUGGAGAAGUGUCAGCUUACAGAAGCCUGUUGUAAGGAGCUAUCUUCUGCUUUGAUUGUCAACCAGAGGUUGACCCACCUGUGCUUGGCCAAGAAUGACCUUGGGGAUGGCGGGGUGAAGAUUUUGUGUGAGGGCUUGAGUUACCCCGAAUGUCAGCUACAGACCUUGGUGCUGCGUCAUUGCAACAUAAACAGACAUGGCUGCAAGUACAUCUCAAAGAUUCUCCAAGGAGACUCCAACCUCACCAGCUUGGACCUGGGUUUCAACCCCAUAGCCACUGGACUGUGUUUUCUCUAUGAAGCUUUGAAGAAACCAAACUGUAACCUGAAAUGUCUAGGGCUCUGGGGCUGCUCCAUCACCCCUUUCAGUUGUCAGUAUCUCGCCUCCGCUCUAGUCAGCAGCCGGAGCCUGGAAACGCUGGACUUGGACCAGAACGCCUGGGGACAGAGUGGCAUCGUGGUGCUCCUUAAGGCUUUAAAGCAGAACAAUGGCCCCUUAAAGACACUCAGGUUGAAGAUGGACAAAUCUACCGUGGAAAUCCAGAGGCUGUUGAAGGAUGUGAAGGAGAACAAUCCCAGACUGACCAUCGAAUGCAGUGAUGCCAGAACAACCAGAUCCUCAUGUUGUGACUUCUUUUCCUGAAUGCG